ACUGUAAUUAACUGUUUGUUAUUGCAAAAAGUUAAAUUCACAAUAAAUUCAUUCACUUGCAAAAAGAAAACCAGCUGAAAAAAAGAUAUCUAGAAUCUAGAUUUAGAUCUAGAUGAAGAUCUAGAUCUAUGUGUGCUAUCACAAAAGCAGCUGUAGCUACAGUACUGUGACAGUCCAGUAAUUUUUUUGAUUUGCCCCAAGUGUAAACCAAAAUGACAUCAAAUGGCAACAAGAAGCUGCCAGACCUGGUGAAAUAUGUCGAGCUGAACUUUAACCCUGAGGCCAGUAAACCAGCCCAGUAUUGUAAUGGUCACAUGGUCUACCUCUGGUACAAACACAAGCGCGUCUACUCAGACAUUGUCAAACAUUUUACAUCGACUCCUGAAUACGCCAAUGUGUCUCCCCCAGCUCUUAAAACAGCUUUGUUCAGGGUCUACCAGAGGCUGUCAAUAAAAAAAAAAUCACUGAUGCGUAACUGGGACCAUAUUAUCGGCUACUUAAAUUUACCCUUCAGGUUUCCAAAAGAUAGGAUGUUGCCAAAAAAUGAAGAAGAGGUUCAGUCACAGCCAGUGGAACACCACGGAGGCUGUCACUGUGGUGCUGUAAGGUUCAAGGUCAUAGCGCCAGAAAAAGUUGAUGUUUUCUCUUGCAAUUGCAGCAUCUGUUUGAAGAAACAGAAUUUCCAUUUUAUUGUCCCAAAGGAUAGCUUUACUCUUCUUCAGGGUAAAAGCAAUCUAACCACGUACACAUUCAACACGCACAAAGCCAAACACACCUUCUGUAAAACGUGUGGUGUCCAGAGUUUCUACACACCCCGGUCCAACCAAGAUGGCAUUGGUGUAAUGCCCCACUGUCUCGACCCAGGCACCCUCAAGUCUUACAACAUGAAAAAAUUUGAUGGCUCUAACUGGGAAAAGUCUUUUAGACAAUCUAACAUUUCCAAGUACUCCAAGAUGUAAACAAACGUCCAGUAUUUUUAUGCAUGGGGCCUUUUUUUUCCUUCAUUAUAUAAGCACGUCAUAUAAUAUUGUGGCUAUGGGUCCAUAAAGAUAAUGCUUCGCUCCCUUAUAGUCAAUCUUUUGCCUUUUUUAUUUAGUUUAUGGUUCAUAAAUGCUCUUAUGGGCUUUAAGUUUGUAUAUAAAGAACUUGACAAAUUUAAUUGAUGCAACUAUUUUUGUUUUCUUGCAAAUUUCUUCCAUUUGCUUUGGGAUUUAACCUUCUAUUAAAAAAACCUCUAAAAAUGCUUUUUUGUUUUAUUUGAAUGAAUUGCUAAAUAGUAUUAUUAAUGUCAAUAAACCAGUGGGAAGAAACAACCACAAGC